UGACUGAGGAAAGAAACAGAAUGCUGUUACAUUAAAAUUUCAGUGUCAAAAUGAUUAUAUGCAUAUUGUGCCUCUAGACUGAUAAAAGGUUGACAAAACCGAAGAAAACCAGGACUUGAUUGGAUCAAUAUCAUGGAGAUUGAAGAAAAGCAGGAGUUCACUUCAGCUUUGCCAGUUCUUCCUAGAUUGGAUCGCCUUGAUCGUUUGCUUCAGCUACUGGAAGAGAAGCAUAAUAACAUUUCAGAAAAACAUGUUCCCCAGCCAGUACAAAUCGGAGACACGAAAGAAGAAGAAGAAGAAGGAGGAGGAGAAGAUAAGAAGUGCAGAACUCUUUCCAAUGCGCUUGACGAAGUUCAUAACAAAGGCACGCUGAUGGAAAGACUUGAAAUGCUUGAGAAGCGGGUGUUACAGUUGAGCCUAGAAAUAGAUGAACAGAACACUUCAAAGUCAAGUACUUCUUCCACAGCUGCGGUUUCUGAGAAAUUUGGCAACAGCUCAGGUUUUUCAUCUGUUAUGAAGGAUGAUCAAGAUGUAACUAGCAGUACUCUUGAAGGGAGGCCAGACCCUCUCCUAGUUCAAGAGGAAAAAGUCUAUGCACAAGCCCCUGUAACGGUCCUAGAGAAUCGCCACAACAGCAGAAAACAGAAAUCAAAACCCAGUAGAGUAUGGCGUCGCUGCUUUCGGGUCGUUGAAUGUUGAAAUGAUCAAAUACAAGCAUCAUCCCUAGUUAUAAUCUCAAGAACUUUCGUUCCAUCCACCAGGAACAAAUUUAGUUUCAGUCCAUUUUCUUGUUAUGUUUAAUCUUCAGAAACACCGAAACGAAUAAUCGCUUUCUUUUUGUCUCUACAAUAUAGCACUAUUUUGUUUGGACAAGUAACGCGGCAGAAAAUACAGGAAGGCUAGAUAGCAUUCUAGCCGAUGAGAUAAUUACUCGAGUCCACGACCAGCCCUUGAAAUCCACAA